UCAAGCUUGAUAGUUUACAGACCAGAGAAUCGCAGGACAAGACGAAUUGCAAUUCCAAAUUUGGAUCGUGAGAAUUUGUUGCCACCACUCACCUGUUGUUGCAAGCCCGCUGUGAAUAUCGACCGUAACACCUCAAACGACCUUCAGAGGAAUUCAUCAAGGAGCCGAACCCCGGCAGAUUCCUCUAUACGACAAAAUGGCAUCCACAGCAAAGGCCGUCCAAACAUUCGGCAAAAAGAAGACUGCAACUGCAGUCGCACACGCUAAGGAGGGUCGUGGUAUCAUCCGCGUGAAUGGCUCUCCCAUCAACCUUGUACAACCUGAGAUCCUCCGCUUCAAGAUCUACGAACCCGUCCUUGUAGCUGGUGAAGACUCAUUCGCACCACUUGAUAUCCGUGUGCGCGCCAAGGGUGGUGGACACACAUCGCAGGUGUACGCCAUCCGUCAGGCCAUUGCCAAGGCUCUUGUCGCGUACUACGCCAAGUACAUCGAUGCAUACAGCGCAAUGGAGUUGAAGAAAAAGUUGGUUGCGUAUGACCGAACGCUGUUGAUCGCAGAUCCUAGACGGAUGGAGCCGAAGAAGUUCGGUGGUGCUGGUGCCCGUGCUCGCAGGCAAAAGAGUUACCGGUGAAACCACUUUUUUGCAUGUGUGCAACUAUGACUAUGAAUUGCAAACAUCGCCACUCCAGUGUUUAUAUGUUCGGAAAACAAAGCAUUGUUAGAGUGAACAAGGCGCGCACCAGCCAUGAGCCAGCC